CGAGGGGCGGCCGGGAGGGCGCGCGCUCGGGCGCGAGGCCCCCUCCCAGGCCGCCCCGCCCUGGCGGCCGCGAUGGCCCUCGAGGCGGACGCGUGCUCGCGCGACGCGGAGUCGGCGGGCGAGGACUCGGAGUGCACGCCGAUCCUCGGCUGGCGCCCGGACAGCGAGUGCGAGCGGGGCGGCGUGCCCGCCGGGGGGCUGCACGCCCUGGAGAGGAGGCGGCUGGCAAGGACGCCGCCGCACGCCGCGAAGGCGGGAGGCACGGAGGCCGCGGCGCUCCUCUGGAGGUGGCGCUCGUUCGCCGCCCUGCUGGCGACCGCCUCGCUGGCCGCGAUCGUCGGGGCCGCGUCCUGGGGCCACCAGCGCCGGCUGCCGAGGCCGUCCUCUCCUGCGUCGGCGCGGCCGGAGGAGGCCUCCGACAAGUCCUUCUGGUUUCCGCAGCCCGGCAUCGAGCCGGUCCCCGAGGAGUCGGCCCCCGAAGGGGAGAGCGACUCCUCCGGGGCCAGCUGCGCCGCCUACGGCUGCGCGGGGUACGACUCCGCGAAGGACUGCCAGUGCAACGCUGCCUGCAAGGAGCACGACAACUGCUGUGCGGACUUCGACGCCGAGUGCGGCGCCAGCGCAGCGGCGGGCGCUCGGCUGGCGCCCCCGCAGG